AUGAAUCAAAGGAUCAAGGAGGAACACGAGAUAGCCGAAAAGGCCCUCCGUCGAGCCAAGGACGAGCUUCGCAUAUGCCAAAACGAAAGGGACUUGCUUGAAAGUCUUGUGAGCCGACUCGACGUGUCGACGGUGGACUGCAGUUCUCUCGAGCGAGAGAACUCCAAGCUGUUAGAAGCUCUCCGCCUCGAGAGGAAAGAACAUGAGGCAACGAAGGAGCAGCUCCUCAUAGCCCAGAGAGAGUUACUUGGCGUUCGAGAGGAAUUCAGACAGGCUCUCUCGAGAGAAAAUAAGUGGCAGAAGGAAAUUCUACCAAGAGCCGAAAGAAGUAAGCUCGAGAGCCAGAUGGACUCGUCUCGGGAUGAGUAUUUUGAAAGGAAUAUCGUCUCAAGCACUGGAACUGAAGCCAGUGGGCCUUCUGAGGCUACAGAGACACACGAGCCGGAGGAAUCUGGAGCAGACACUGACGCUGAUCUUAGAAGCCCGCACAGUCCCCGAGCCACGAUUGUAAGAGAAAGAAUGAGAAGAAGGAUCAGGGAAUUGAAAAAGCGAAAAUCUUGGAAAAAGAGACCGGAGAAGACGCAACCAAGGGAUUCAUUAAUGAGGCACAUGUCUAAACCAUUCCCACGGUUGCCUAGAACAAAGUCGAAGAGGCGGCAACCGACAAGAUCAAUGGAAUCGUCGGCGUGGGAAUGGUCCUUGGGAACACUCUCUUGGUCGACAACCGAGUCCGCAGAGUCUGUGAUACAGCUACAGAACACAGAAUUAGGAAGUAGACGGCUUGUUCUGUUCGUCAGAAAGAUUCUGAUAGGGCUCCAGACAAUAAACUCUUUCCUGGACUUGAUGGAGAGGUGCUCCCUACGGAAAAAAAAUAGGAAGGCCGCCAAGGGUGUCGUAGACCCACCACCUCCUAAAACUCCCGUUCCUGUUCCUCCUAAUCCGUAUGAACUCUGGCUCUCGGCACGAUAUCCUUAUGGGCAACAGCCUCCAGGAUUACUUCCUGGUCAAGUACCUGCACCUCCCGGAGUACCAGUAUUUGCUCCUCCAGGAGCCGUGCGUUAUCCAGGGGUACCUGGCCUUCCAGGAGUCCCAAGUGCUCUAGGGGUACCUGGACUUCCAGGAGUAGCUGGUGUUCCAGGAGUACCUGGCCUUCCAGGAGUAGCUGGUGUUCCAGGAGUACCUGGCCUUCCAGGAGUAGCUGGUGUUCCAGGAGUACCUGGCCUUCCAAGAGUCCCAGGUUUUGCAGGGGUACCUCCUCUUCCAGGAUUACCUGCUGUUCCAGGAGAACCUGCCGUUCCAGGAGUACCUGCCUACCACCAAAGAACCCAAGCUCCUCCAGGUACACAACAUGCCUUCCCCAGAGCCCCAGUACCUCUUGGAUAUGUGCCUCAAGGUGUAGGAUUCGCCCCUCCAGGUGUAGGAUUCGCCCCUCCAAGAUUGCCACCUGAACAAUUGCUGCCCUAUCCAGGAUAUGUACCUCCAAGACCCCGGCCACCGCAAAAUAUCUAA